CUGUUUGACUAGCCCCGCCGGGCACACAUACAUCACGGUGCUUGGCAGCUAUUUAUCCAGGCAUAUAUCCAGCCAUUUUCUGGUCAAUUGGGCAUUGACUGCCGAUGACAAGCGGGCCGGGGCGUGUUAAUGGCCAAAAAAUGUGGCCAGCGCCACGCACACAUCUCCACCUGCGGCUCUAGCCUUAUUCUCGCCUCCCUCUUUAUUGCCCACAUUUGCCGAAAAGAACGCACACCUUACUGCCGAAAUUACCGCCUGCUGAGCGACACUGGCAAAAUGGAGGCAGGCGAGUAUGCUAAUCCACCCUGCCCCGACCAUUUUUUUGCAGAAAGCAAAGCGAACGGAAAAGGAUCCGCCUGCCCGAAUAUGCGCUCUCUUUCCUUUUCGGCACUAUUGAUUGUUGUUCCUCACCUGGCCCUUGCCGGGGUUUCACAGUCGCAUACCCUUCAUUGCCGGGUGCUGUCUUUGUCCUUUCAUCUUGCGCAGCGUUCUCGGGUAUGUUGGUUCGCGCUUGGUUUCCGAAAGUGGGCGGGAAAAGGCACCUGUCAUUCAGAGUUUGCAGCACACCCCCGGGUUGCGCAGACCCGAGACGCCGUCACUGUCUGCAUUAAUUGGUUUUUUUCAUCUGUCGGCUGUCUCCGGCAUCUCUCGACAUAAAUACUCCACAUCUGCCCGCUCUUUUUCUCUUCCCGCUCACGUCUUUUUAAUUUCCCCUCCUCUCUUUUCCUGUCGCUCGCACCCCCUUCUAUUGUAUAUUCCUCUGCUCUUCAAUACUGCCUCCUGCCUAUCCUCGCACAUCUUUUUAUUUGCCUCGGGUGCAAUCGAGUAUCCGAUAAUUUUUAGGAACCUGUCUCCUUCCCGCACCAAUUACCACGGCCCCUUG